UCAGAACUAAUAAACUCCCAAUUCCGCCGCCGUCCACCGUCGUUAUUAAAAGAUAUGGCUCUCUCACGCACAAAAUCCCGCUUGACAAUCCCAGCUCCGCCGCCGUCUCCGAUCCCCACUGGCACCGGAUCGCGCUCGGCGGCCAACGAGACCUUCAAACAAUUUCUCGAGAAGUCGAUUCACCUACCGCAGCUCUCUUUGCCAGAAUCCCGCUUUAUCUCCACCACUAAUCCUUCUCUCGCCGUCAUUGAUUUCCGAUCACUCGCUUCUCCAAGUGGCGGCGACGCGACCGCGCGAAUGCUCCGGUCGGCCAAUGAAUUCGGGGCGUUUCGUAUUGUUAAUCACGGGAUUUCCGGCGAGGAGAUUUUGUCGGUGGUGAAUGAAGCUAAAUCCGUUUGGGAAGAUGAUGAUCAGAGCUGGGCUGGAGACGUCGGAAAUCGGGAGGUGGUUUUCCAGGUACGGCGCCGGAAUGACAGCGAGGCGUCGGAAAAUACAGUUGUACAGGCCGCAACGAACCGGCAAAUCAGCGAAAAGAUGGAGAAACUAAGAAGCAAACUAGAAGGGAUUGAAGAGAAAAUAAGCGAAAGGUUAUGGAAAUGCAUGGGUGAGAACAUGAAGAAAGGAGACAAAAAAGAGAGCAUUUUCAGCGUUUAUAGAUACAAUAAUAAUCACCAAAACCCAAACCCAUGUGAGAGGGAAAAUAAAACUAAGAACAUGAUGAGCCUCCACAUCCCCGGAGAGCAUUGCCAAUUCUCUAUCAAUUCUUAUCAACAACCCUCCUCCUUUACCUUUGAUGCUGCUGCCGACACGAUUGUUGUCACCCUCGGCGAGCAACUCGUGGAACGAAGCUUGGGAAAAUUGAAGAGUGCAAGAAGUGAGAUGACGUUUGUGCCAGACUUGCUUGGAAGUCGAACGUCGUUCUCGAUUGAGCUUGAAGUUUCAAACCGUAAUUUGGUGAAAAAGCAUUCCCAUUCUAAGAUCAUCACCAUUUAUGAUCAAAUUCUGGUUGCGUUUUAUGUUAUUUCAGUUUAUGUUCUUUACAAUUGCAUGUGUUCAUUGUUUAAAGGCAAAUAAGCAUUGGGUUUGUGAUUGAAUGUUCAUAUGAUUGGUUUGUUGAUUGAAGGGUUUAUUGGGAUUUGUAUUUGAAAAUUAUUUGUAUUUGAAGAAAAUUGUGGAAUUGAAUAUUGUAAUUUCAUUUAUAUACUUACAA